CCUGCUCCCCGCCCCUCCGCGCCCCGCACCAGGCGGGGCCGGGCCAGAGCGCCGCCGCCGCUGCCGCAGCCGCAGCCGCUGCUCUGCAGAGCGGGGCCCGGGGCUGGGGCCAGGGCGCCCUCCCUUCCACCUUCUCCCGCCGCUAUGAGCCAGGGAAGUCCGGGGGACUGGGCCCCCCUCGACCCCACCCCCGGACCCUCAGCGCCCCCCAACCCCUUCGUGCAUGAGUUACAUCUCUCCCGCCUCCAGAGGGUUAAGGCCCAAAGUGGAGAACUAUGCACCUGGUUUCUGUUGGACAGAAGAGCUAUUUAUGGAGUGGGACGUGGGGGAGGAGGAAGAAGCAUCUGUAGCCCACUCUACAUCAAGCACUGUGGUGGACGCUUUCACACGGUUCUGCCUCCUGGGAGCAUUGCUGGCCCCCAUCCGAGUGCUUCUGGCCUUUAUCGUCCUCUUUCUCCUCUGGCCCUUUGCCUGGCUGCAAGUAGCUGGUCUCACUGAGGAGCAGCUUCAGGAACCAAUUACAGGAUGGAGGAAGACCGUGUGCCACAACGGGGUGCUGGGUCUCAGCCGCCUGCUCUUUUUCCUGCUGGGCUUCCUCCGGAUUCGCGUUCGGGGCCAGCGGGCCUCAUGCCUUCAAGCCCCUGUGCUUGUUGCUGCCCCCCACUCUACUUUCUUUGACCCCAUUGUUCUGCUGCCCUGUGACCUGCCCAAGGUUGUGUCCCGAGCUGAAAACCUUUCCGUGCCUGUCAUUGGAGCCCUUCUUCGCUUCAACCAAGCCAUCCUAGUGUCCCGUCAUGACCCGGCUUCUCGGCGCAGGGUGGUAGAGGAGGUCCGAAGACGGGCUACGUCAGGAGGCAAGUGGCCCCAGGUCCUGUUCUUUCCUGAGGGCACCUGUUCCAACAAGAAGGCUUUGCUUAAAUUCAAGCCAGGAGCCUUCAUCGCAGGGGUGCCUGUGCAGCCUGUCCUCAUCCGCUACCCCAACAGUCUGGACACCACCAGCUGGGCAUGGAGGGGCCCUGGAGUACUCAAAGUCCUUUGGCUCACAGCCUCUCAGCCCUGCAGCAUCGUGGAUGUGGAGUUCCUCCCUGUGUACCACCCCAGCCUGGAGGAGAGCAGGGACCCCACCCUCUAUGCAAACAAUGUCCAGAGGGUGAUGGCACAGGCCCUGGGCAUUCCAGCCACCGAGUGUGAGUUUGUAGGGAGCUUGCCUGUGAUUGUGGUGGGCCGGCUGAAGGUAGCAUUGGAGCCACAGCUCUGGGAACUGAGAAGGGUGCUUCGGAAGGCUGGGCUGUCCCCUGGCUGUGUGGACGCUGGAGCAGAGCCAGGCCGGAGUCGAAUGAUCAGCCAGGAAGAGUUUGCCAGGCAGCUACAGCUCUCUGACCCACAGACGGUGGCCGGUGCCUUCAGCUACUUCCAGCAGGAUGCUAAUGGUUUGGUGGACUUCCGGGAUGUGGCCCUUGCAUUGGCAGCUCUGGAUGGGAACAGGAGCCUGGAGGAACUGACUUGCCUGGCCUUUGAGCUGUUCGCUGAGGAGCAAACAGAGGGACCCACCCGCCUGCUGUACAGAGACGGCUUCAGCACCAUCCUACACCUCCUGCUGGGGUCACCUCGCCCUGCUGCUGUAACUUUGCAUGCUGAGCUGUGCCAGGCAGGAUCCUGCCAAGGCCUCUCCCUCUGUCAGUUCCAGGACUUCUCCCUCCGUGACCCGCUCCAUGAGAAGCUCUUCAGCACCUACCUGCGCCCCUCCCAGAUACCAAAUGCCUCAUCCCCAGGCAGCCCCACUGCUCGGGCCAACGGGACUGUGCAGGCACCCAAGCAGAAGGGCGACUGAGCCACCUCAGCCUCCCGAACUCGCAUCCAGCCCGCAGACUCAGGGCGGCCAGGGGCCCACCCUGUGCCUCAAGCCCAUCUCUGCUCCUGCUUGAUUUUUUGUUAUUGUUGUUAUUCUAAGUUGAUUUUCAUUUUUC